CAAACUGCACGAUCCAAUACAGAAAUAGAACAGUCCUUUACUUAGCAUCUCAGCAACACCUUCACGAACUCCAAUUUCAACCCCCGACAGCCCUCACAGGGUCAUCGACAACCAGAACAGCCAUGUGCAAACACGUCCUCAACGCUCAAGUGGCAAUCCGAUCCCCUUGCUGCAAGAAAUGGUUCGAUUGCGCCGAGUGCCACCAGGAGACCGAAAGACAUCCCCUCCAGAAAGCCAGUGAGAUGGUCUUCGCCUGCAAAAAAUGCAAAAAAUGCUUCCGCAAAGACACCGCCGAAUUCGACGAGAGUGACGAAUACUGUCCCCACUGCGAUAACCACUUCGUGAUCGAGGCCGUGACGCCGACGCCGACGCUACACGUGGAAGGCGAGGAUGCGCGGGUGGAUUCGAGAAUGCUCAAGGAUGAUCGGGUUCGCGGGCAUCAGGAGAAAUCUAUCUUCAAUUUUAAGGAUAUUUCGGAUCGGUUGGGUUAGAACUAGAUUUCGCUUCUGCCUGUCUGGGCCCAAGGCAAAGCAGGGGUUUCUUUUUUUUUUACGAAGAUUUACGAUUUCAUGCUACAUUUCUAUUCUUUCUUUCUUUGUUUAUCUUAAUUCGAAUUGGUGUUGAGGGUGGGGUGUAUACUUCUCUCGUCUUGUUCAUAAUUCCUUCAUACCUGAGAAUAACCUUACC